UAGAAACUGCUGAACAGAAACCGAAAGUUAUUGCGAUUUCAUAGAAGGAAGCAAGUGUUCACCCACGAGCUGCUGAUCUUCACCCUUCAUCUCUACUGAAUUAGGAUGUCAGUCCAGUUCUUUGGCUGGGAGGUGACCUAUGACGAUAACUCCCCUCGUCAGGAGCUGGGAGCCUCCCAGGCGCCCAAAGAUCGAGGUGUCUACACCAUGUACCAUGGCACCAGCGUUGCAAAUGCACGUCUCAUCAUUGCUAAUGGUUUCCAACAAUCCCAAAAAGGCAUGCUAGGAAAGGGCGUGUACGUUAGUCGUGACAAGAAAAAGGCAGACCGCUAUCCACUGAACAACAACCGUUCAGACCGUGUGAACCUUGAGCUGCGUGUCCGUGUUGGCCGUGUCAAGCGCAUCGACAAAGACAACCAUCCUAUGCAGUACACUUGGAGCGCACAGGGCUAUGACACUGCUUGGGUACCCCCCAACUGUGGCAUGGUGGCUGUGCCCAGCGGCCUGGAAGAGGAUUGUGUGUUUGACCCCAAAAGAGUGGAGGUUGUGGGCAUUGCAAGGGCAGACCCCAGCGUACUGACGGAGCUUCAGGAGCUUGUGGCUAAAAGACGCCUCAGUGGAGGAAACAGUGGUGCAGGCUCUUCUGGUGGUGCUGCUGUCGCCGAUGUGUGUUCACUGUGCAAACGAAAGAAGCAGCAGGGUUCUUCACACUACAGUCAGCCGUGUUGGGGCUGUGGGCAGAACAUCUGCCCUCUUCAAGUCAAGCAUGUCUGUUCAGUUCGUGUUUGACAAGUGUAAGGGGCUGAAAAACUGUAUGGCUGUGACACACCUGGAUCAAGGUUCUUCUAAACUAUACAUGGUGCAACAUGUUCAAAUAA